UACUCUUCCCCCGAAUCGCAAAGGGAUGCAUCUCAUCACCGAUGUCAUUCUACGUGAAUGUGCUCAAGGACUAAAAGAUGUCUCCGUAGGUAUCUUUACCUUGAACUGUCUUCAUACAUCUGCUGGACUGACCGUUAACGAAAACUGUGAUCCCUCAGUUCGAUCAGGUAUGGAUAUGGGACUUGACACCGUGGUACCGGAAUCGCUACCUUGGCAACACACGGAUGAAGGACCGGAUGAUUCGGUUUCCCAUCUGAAGACAUCUCUCAUUGGCAACAGUAUCACUCUACCUAUCUCAGCAGGUAAAUUGCAUCUUGGAACCUGGCAAGGCAUCUAUCUAGCAGAAUUCAGACAUUCUGGCGGCGGGUGGGGUUCAGCAGGCUCAGGACGAAAAGUCGUGGCUACUAUUCUUCCAUGAGAGGUCCUGGGCAUUUGCCGGUCUGCUGUCGGCAGCUUCCAGUUUCUCGCAAAUCUCGCAAGAUGAGCACCAUUAUCUGGUACUAUGCAUGGAUGUCAUGAUGAU